AUGAGGCCGGGGCGCUCCCGGCUCUACCGCCGCUGGGGCGCCAAAAGCAAAUUCCUCUGCGCUGGCCGCUGCAUCACCGGUGGCGAGGGCGAGUGCCCCAUUGCCGCGCUCGGGGGCGUCUCGGGCGCAUCCGUGGCAACAUGGGUUUGCCUGCUGCUGCCCUCGCUGCUGUACUUCGGCUUCGCUUUGCCGCACUUGUGCCAUUCUUGGGCCUCUCGACCCCCGGCGCUGUUCCCGGCCUCGCUGCUCCUCUUCGUGGCCACGGUCGUCCUGCUGCUGGCCACCUGCUGCAGCGACCCGGGCAUAAUCCCGCCGAGACAGCUCAUCAUCGCCACAGGGCGCCGGGAGCAUCUGAAAGAGCUCCUGGGGCAUGACCUUUUGGGGGGCAGUGAGGAGCCUUGUGGCGACCCCUACCAGGAUGCGCUGCGAAUGGUUUCGGACCCUUUGAGGAAGCAGGGCUACCGGUGGUGCCACACAUGCAAAAUCGUCCGGCCACCGCGGGCGUCGCAUUGCAAAGACUGCGACCACUGCGUCCUUCGCUUCGACCACCACUGCCCUUUCGUCAAUAACUGCAUUGGGCAGAGGAACUAUCACUUCUUUAUCGGCUUCACCACCUGUGCCAUGCUCUUCGCCUUUGUCGCCCUGCCGGCGAUCAUUUGGACCGUCUCGAAGCCAAAUGGCGAUCCCGAUGACGACUCCGCGGCGGAAGUCGCGAUGCCCUGGUAUCGAUGGAUUGUUUUAGUGAGCUGCGGCAUUGUCGGCGUUUGUGCAGCCUUGCUGGUCCUGCUGUGGCUCUAUCACCUAUUCCUGGCCGUCUCCGGCAAAACCACCAAGGAGCACCGGCGCCGCCUGGACGUCCGCAGCGAGCCGACGUUCUUCGCCUCGCGAGGGCCGGCGCUCGUCGACCCGAACGACUGGGUUGACGAGGAACUUCUCCUCGCGCAGAGCAGCCAGCAGCAUGACUCCCGGUCCACUGCUUAG